UCCCCGCCGUUUAAAACCGCCGCAAUUGCUUCUUCCGGUAGCCAUCUCCGGGGGCCGGCCGCGCCGGAGGAACUCACCGAGUCCGUUUUGCGGGGUGCACGCCAGCCGUAGUGGCGCCGAGGCACCGGUCGCUAGUCGCGUGCCAAUCCUAUUUCUACAGCAUCAUUUCUUCCUUUUUAGCCAGCGCUCAGCUCCAUCUAGUGUCGUCUCAUCUUCUUCGUCUCUCAUCCUCUUAUAAACGACCCUGCUUCCGCUCCCGCCAAGCGAUGACCGCUGUCUCCUUCGCAGCUCCACAGUAACGCAUCUACGUCGAACCCUCUUCGAUUUGUAUCGCCAACAUGACUGGCAAAGCAGCCCCCAAGAAGGCCGUCCCGACUGACCUCGACGGUAACCCAAUUCCGCACGCCCAACGAUGGGCCUACUCCACGCCCGCUGUUGUUCGCGGCGCCUUCGCCUCUGGUGCAGGAACCAUCCUCCCCAUUGCCGCCUUCGCAGCCUUCAACACUACACCCACCGCGCACAAGCUGUACACUGACCUACACAAUACGUACGGCGACUGGAACCUCAAUGUAUGGGGCACAUUCAUCAUCACCUCUGUUUUCUUCUGGGUUCUGGGUGGCAUUUUUGCUAUUGGUGACCUGACCAGCUGGCCGGGAUGGCUGUUCCAGUUCAAGACGCAACCAUUCGUGCGUGUGUCUGGCCGAGAGUAUCUCUGGAUCACCGUCAUUUCGCUCCGCAACCAAUUCCUCGUCGCACUCCCAUUGGUGUUCCUAGUCAGCUAUGUUUCCCCCCUGAAACCCGUGCUGCCCGCUCACCUGCCUGGGCCUUUGGAGACUGUCGUUGUCAGCAUCUUUGACAUCCUGUGCACCGAGGUCGGCUUCUACUACAUCCAUCGCUUCUUCCACUCCAAGUCGAUGUACGCUCGCUUCCAUAAGCAGCACCACGAGUUUACCGCGCCUGUGAGCAUUGCCAGCACCUACUGCACCAUUACUGAGCACAUCUUUUCGAACUUGGUGCCCAACACUCUUGGCAUCGUCUUGGUCCCCCACCACUGGUCUCAGCAGCUCUUUACGUUCUUGCUGCUCGAGUUUGGCACCCUCUGCACACACUCUGGAUACAACUUGCCCGGCCUACCAUCCAACCUUCAGCACGACUUCCAUCACUUUGCCUUCGACGAAAACUUUGGCCCAACAGGUAUGUUGGACGCCUUCCACAAGACCAACAAAAAGUUCGUCAAGACGCUCGAAGAAGCCAGAUCGCGUGUCGAUGGUGACGAUGAAAGAGCGAGAAAGAUGGUCAUGGAGAGACUGGCCCGCAUUGAAGUGAUGCAGGCCAGCAAGAAAUAACCCUGCGCUUCGCUGGCGCCCUGUCCAGAACGCUCUACAGACGGUAAAUUGCAAUACUAUAGCUUUCAUACGUUUGUAGAUGUGUGUACGUGUGUCCCAUCUUGUAUAUAACCACGGCACUGAAUAGUGUAGGAAAAGUAGUAGUUGGUAAAAUAAUGAUAAUGCUGAUGAAUCAUGAC